AUGCGGUUUACUAACUUUAAUAUUAUAUUUUUUUGUGCUAUUUUAAUUAAUUUUGUCAGCUCGUCGCCAUACUACACAAAUAGUUCUGUUCCGUUAUAUUCCACUGAUUACCCAUCUACUUCUUUACAGAAAUAUACAGCUAUUGAUAGUAGAGGUUUAACUACUACACAAACUUCCACUUUUAUCUUAUCUACUACUUCUUCCAGCCAAAAAAAUGGUAUUGUAACUAUUUAUACAACUUGGUGUCCAUUAACUGAAAGUGAAAGUAUAGAUCAAACUACAACAUCAUCACAAAUACAAGGAUCUUCUACUUCAACUGAAACCGGCAAAAGUGAAAUUUUGAUUUCAAGCUACAUUACCUCAAAAUUAAUUACAUUUGCUUCUGAUUACCAUGGUUCUAGCAACUAUGUUGACUCUAGUCAAACAUAUACAUCAACGGAGAGUAAUAUUGUGGCUACCACGAGUUUUAUUUCUUCAUUAGAACCUUCUGUCAGUACAAGUUCUACACAAUCAUAUUCCACCACUACUUUUUCAUCCAAAAAUUCUGGUAGUGAACAUGUUACGGGCACUUCCACAUAUGUUUGGUCUACAACAUCUGUUACAAUUGGAAGUACUGUAACUGUAUACACUACUUGGUGUCCAUUAACUACUACUAUUUCAAUCGAAUCAUGUGCUGAUGAAAAAUGCCAUGAAUCUUCUCUUUCUACGAGCUCCGCUAUUUCUACCGCUGUAUUUCCUACAAGUUCCGUUGCCUUGAGUUCUACCUCCAGCAAUUCUGCUUCCAGCAAUUCUGCCUCUAGCAAUUCUGCCUCUAGCAAUUCUGCUUCUAGCAAUUCUGCUUCGACUUACACUUUGCCAGUUACCCAAUCUACCCAAACUUCUUCUUCAAGCGUUGAUAUUUCUUCACAAGAAAGUAACACUACACCUGUAAUUUCAUCUACUACUAACGAAAGUAGUGUAACUGAUACCAGUAGUGAUUCUGCAACUAUCUCCACAAGUUCCAAAGAAAUAUCUUCUUCAGAUAGUAUUGUUAUCACUAUAUCAUCUCCUUCUACAAGUUCUACACAAUCAUAUUCCACCACUACUUUUUCAUCCAAAAAUUCUGGUAGCGAACAUGUUACGGGCACUUCCACAUAUGUUUGGUCUACAACAUCUGUUACAAUUGGAAGUACUGUAACUGUAUACACUACUUGGUGUCCAUUAACUACUACUAUUUCAAUCGAAUCAUGUGCUGAUGAAAAAUGCCAUGAAUCUUCUCUUUCUACGAGCUCCGCUAUUUCUACCGCUGUAUUUCCUACAAGUUCCGUUGCCUUGAGUUCUACCUCCAGCAAUUCUGCUUCCAGCAAUUCUGCCUCUAGCAAUUCUGCUUCUAGCAAUUCUGCUUCUAGCAAUUCUGCUUCGACUUACACUUUGCCAGUUACCCAAUCUACCCAAACUUCUUCUUCAAGCGUUGAUAUUUCUUCACAAGAAAGUAACACUACACCUGUAAUUUCAUCUACUACUAACGAAAGUAGUGUAACUGAUACCAGUAGUGAUUCUGCAACUAUCUCCACAAGUUCCAAAGAAAUAUCUUCUUCAGAUAGUAUUGUUAUCACUAUAUCAUCUCCUUCUACAAGUUCUACACAAUCAUAUUCCACCACUACUUUUUCAUCCAAAAAUUCUGGUAGCGAACAUGUUACGGGCACUUCCACAUAUGUUUGGUCUACAACAUCUGUUACAAUUGGAAGUACUGUAACUGUAUACACUACUUGGUGUCCAUUAACUACUACUAUUUCAAUCGAAUCAUGUGCUGAUGAAAAAUGCCAUGAAUCUUCUCUUUCUACGAGCUCCGCUAUUUCUACCGCUGUAUUUCCUACAAGUUCCGUUGCCUUGAGUUCUACCUCCAGCAAUUCUGCUUCCAGCAAUUCUGCCUCUAGCAAUUCUGCCUCUAGCAAUUCUGCUUCUAGCAAUUCUGCUUCGACUUACACUUUGCCAGUUACCCAAUCUACCCAAACUUCUUCUUCAAGCGUUGAUAUUUCUUCACAAGAAAGUAACACUACACCUGUAAUUUCAUCUACUACUAACGAAAGUAGUGUAACUGAUACCAGUAGUGAUUCUGCAACUAUCUCCACAAGUUCCAAAGAAAUAUCUUCUUCAGAUAGUAUUGUUAUCACUAUAUCAUCUCCUUCUACAAGUUCUACACAAUCAUAUUCCACCACUACUUUUUCAUCCAAAAAUUCUGGUAGCGAACAUGUUACGGGCACUUCCACAUAUGUUUGGUCUACAACAUCUGUUACAAUUGGAAGUACUGUAACUGUAUACACUACUUGGUGUCCAUUAACUACUACUAUUUCAAUCGAAUCAUGUGCUGAUGAAAAAUGCCAUGAAUCUUCUCUUUCUACCAGCUCCGCUAUUUCUACCGCUGUAUUUCCUACAAGUUCCGUUGCCUUGAGUUCUACCACCAGCAAUUCUGCCUCUAGCAAUUCUGCCUCUAGCAAUUCUGCUUCUAGCAAUUCUGCUUCGACUUACACUUUGCCAGUUACCCAAUCUACCCAAACUUCUUCUUCAAGCGUUGAUAUUUCUUCACAAGAAAGUAACACUACACCUGUAAUUUCAUCUACUACUAACGAAAGUAGUGUUACUGAUACCAGUAGUGAUUCUGCAACUAUCUCCACAAGUUCCAAAGAAAUAUCUUCUUCAGAUAGUAUUGUUAUCACUAUAUCAUCUCCUUCUACAAGUUCUACACAAUCAUAUUCCACCACUACUUUUUCAUCCAAAAAUUCUGGUAGCGAACAUGUUACGGGCACUUCCACAUAUGUUUGGUCUACAACAUCUGUUACAAUUGGAAGUACUGUAACUGUAUACACUACUUGGUGUCCAUUAACUACUACUAUUUCAAUCGAAUCAUGUGCUGAUGAAAAAUGCCAUGAAUCUUCUCUUUCUACGAGCUCCGCUAUUUCUACCGCUGUAUUUCCUACAAGUUCCGUUGCCUUGAGUUCUACCUCCAGCAAUUCUGCUUCCAGCAAUUCUGCCUCUAGCAAUUCUGCCUCUAGCAAUUCUGCUUCUAGCAAUUCUGCUUCGACUUACACUUUGCCAGUUACCCAAUCUACCCAAACUUCUUCUUCAAGCGUUGAUAUUUCUUCACAAGAAAGUAACACUACACCUGUAAUUUCAUCUACUACUAACGAAAGUAGUGUAACUGAUACCAGUAGUGAUUCUGCAACUAUCUCCACAAGUUCCAAAGAAAUAUCUUCUUCAGAUAGUAUUGUUAUCACUAUAUCAUCUCCUUCUACAAGUUCUACACAAUCAUAUUCCACCACUACUUUUUCAUCCAAAAAUUCUGGUAGCGAACAUGUUACGGGCACUUCCACAUACGUCUGGUCCACAACAUCUGUUACAAUUGGAAGUAUUGUAACUGUAUACACCACUUGGUGUCCAUUAACUACUACUAUUUCAAUCGAAUCCUGUGUUGAUGACCAAUGCAGUAAAUUGAAGUCUUCAACAAGUAUUUCUAAUGAAUCACCUGCUGAUAGUAUUACAACUACGUCUGUUUCGAGUACUAUGAAUAGUUUUACUUAUACUAAUCCAAAUACAAUUGUAAGUGUAAGCAAUGUUGAAUUACCGUUAACCACUACUACUAGCCAUAUCGAUAACUCUGCUAUCACAUCUAUAAAUGAAAUUAGCAACUCUAUUACAAGCAGUACUAAAAUGAUUGAAAUAAGUACUUUUGAUAGUCAUGGCUCUCACACUGCUGAAACUUCUACUUUAACAUUAUCUACCGUUACUACCACCAGUCAUGGAAUUGUUACCGAAUAUACCACCUGGUGUCCAUUAACAAGUGUUGCAACUACUUCUUUAAACGCUAUUUCUAGUAGCCAAUUGAGUAGUUUAUCUUCUAUUAAUAGUGAAAGUAGCAAUAAAUCUUCCACUUUAGUGGCUUCGACGACACUUAUUAAUAGUGAGACUGUUUCUAUUUCUUCAAUUCCUUCUACAUGCACUGGUAGUGAUGAUUGUGUUAUCGAAGUUACACACGUCAUUACUCCGACUCCAAUUACUGUUGGUUCUACUAUCAGUGAAUUUUCCACGGUUUCCACUAUUUCUGUUUCUAAAAUGGUUCCCAUUACUACCCAUUUUACCAGUGACGACCUGGGUAACCUCUAUACUGUUAUUUCAAAAAGUGCUAUAGUUAUGGAUAGUGAAACUACUGUUGUUUCCAGCACUAAUGUUGCAAUUAUUAGUACGCCAACUAGUACAGAAACAUAUGUUACUACAAUUACGCAAGAAAUCAGUGUUCAGCAACCAACAAGUUCUGUUAGUAAUCCAACAACUCUACAACAACAAGAAAGUGUUGCUGCUAGUGCCACUAAAACAACCAUUUCGAUUAGUUCUUAUCAAGGAGCUGCAAAUAAAAAUAUCGAAAUUUCCGGAAUGGUUAAUCUUUUGAGUAUUCUAGGCUUAUUCACAUUUUUAAUUUAG